AUGGCAAUGAUUUGGAAUGCAGUGCUGGCAGCGUGGUUUAGGUUGAAAUAUCCACAUGUAGCCAUUGGAGCUUUGGCGUCUUCUGCUCCAAUCCUCAACUUUGAAAAUAUGGUUUCGCCAUAUACCUUCAAUGCCAUUGUCACCAAAGACUUCAGGAGUGAGAGCGAAAAUUGUUACAAAGUGAUAAAAGGAUCGUGGCUGAAGAUUGAAGAGAAAGCAAGCCAACAUGGGGGUCUUAAACAACUCAGAAAAUCUUUUAGAAUAUGCAAAAAUUAUAUCAGUGGUAAUGCCCUACAUGGUUGGCUUUAUACUGCUUAUAUUUACGCAGCCAUGACUGAUUAUCCAACUCCUUCAAAUUUUCUCAGUCCCUUGCCAGCUCAUCCAGUCAAACAGAUGUGUAAAGCGAUUGAUGAUCCGACGACAGGAAAUGACACGUUUGCGAAGUUGUAUGGUGCAGCCAACAUUUACUAUAACUACAGUGGGAGUGCCACGUGUUUUGAUCUGGACGAUGAUUCUGAUCCUCAUGGUCUGGGAGAAUGGUCAUGGCAGGCAUGCACAGAGAUGAUAAUGCCAACAAGUGGGAACAAUAAGGAGAGUAUAUUUCCAGCUUCUGAAUGGAAUUACACUAACAGAGUCAAUUUCUGCAAAUAUGUUUUUGAUGCUCAGCCAAGACCCAAUUGGAUUACCACUCAUUUUGUUGGCCAUAAUAUUGAGAGGGCUUUGAAAAGAUUUGGAAGCAAUAUCAUCUUCUUUAAUGGCUUAAGAGAUCCUUGGAGUGGUGGCGGGGUUCUCAAGAAUGUUUCCAAGACUAUAAUUGCCAUUGUUGCCGAAGAAGGAGCUCACCAUGUAGACCUGAGAUUUUCAACAAGUGAAGAUCCAAAAUGGCUUCAGGAUGUGAGGAAAACAGAAGCGAACAUUAUUGCAAAUUGGAUUUCUCAAUACUACCAUGACUUGGCUCAUCUUUAGAGAUAAACAUAAACCCUUUUUUUUUUUUUUUUUUUUUUUUUUUUUUUU